CUAAAGGUGUAAGAGAAUUUAGGAAGCAAAAUCUUACGUAAGUUAUAAGAGCUAGAUCAAGAAAGUUUCUUUCUUAUAAUUAAGUCUUGUAGUAGGGGCGUGAUGGAAGCAUAUAUGGGGAUGAGUUGGGGAAUGAUGGGAGAUGAUGGGUGGAGAAAAGGGCCUUGGACUGCUGAGGAAGACAAGUUGCUCAUUGAGUAUGUCAAUCUUCAAGGUGAAGGCAGAUGGAAUUCUGUUGCUAGGCUUACUGGAUUGAGAAGAAAUGGUAAAAGUUGUAGAUUAAGGUGGGUGAAUUACUUAAGACCGGACCUUAAGAGGGGACAAAUCACUCCACACGAGGAAAGUAUCAUCCUAGAACUCCAUGCUAAGUGGGGGAACAGGUGGUCCACUAUUGCUCGAAGCUUGCCAGGAAGAACAGACAAUGAGAUCAAGAAUUAUUGGAGGACACAUUUUAAGAAAAAAGAAAAGACUCCAUCAAAUAACGUCGAAAAAUCAAAAACUCGUUUACUAAGAAAACAACAAUUUCAACAACAAUACAAAAACCAGCAACACCAACAACAAGUACUACAACAACAACAACAUCAUUUUACGUCGAUGGACAUGAAAAAGAUCAUGUCGCUUCUCCUCGAUGAACACGAAACUAAGGUACCAACAGCUAGUCUACCUCAACCUAGACAAUCUGAGAUGGCGACUAACAUGUAUUAUCCGACCAAUAAUACAACUGAAGAGCAAGAAAUCUUAUCUUUCAUGUUAAGUGGUAACGUUUCAACUGAAGAUCAUCUUUGUUUGGGUGCUUUGUGGAACAUAGACGAUAAUUUCCAAGGUGCCAAAUAAUCGGAUUGUUAUUUGUACCGUGCAACUAGCGAAGCUGGAUUGCGCGAUUUCACUUCCCUUUGUUGUCUGAACUAAAUGUAUACAUACCAUAAAACUAGCCUAUUAUGCUCUCGAGAACACAGUAUCCGUUCUCGCAUAUAAACUCAUGUUCUCUGCAUGAUUUUUUAUGUAAGAGGAACAUGAUAUCUUCAAGAAUAUAUAUGAAUUUGCAUGUACGGACAUAUCCCUAGCAAUAUGAAUCAUUAAGCAAA